GGGGGAGGGGGGGACGGCGCAGCAUAAUCGCCAGGCAGGGGAGGUGGGGAGAGAGCGAACAAGACGACGGAUGAAGGUGUCUCCUCGGCUUUUACCGUUCGCGGGGGACCAGGCAGUGGCGUGCAGCCCCUGAGCUUCCAGUGCAAUUCAGACAUUACGUGCAUUCAGCAAGCAGUGCACAACAGGAAUGAACCAUCAGUGGGAAACUGGUUACUCUGCUCUAGUUGGCUGCAUUUAACAAUGGCCUCUUAAUUUUGUAACAUGUUUGAAGAAGAACUAUAAAGAAGAAAGGAAGGAUGGCCGGUUGUGGUGAAGUCGAUCACUCAAUCAACAUGCUUCCCACAAACAGGAAGACAAACGAGCCAUGUUCCAGCUCAGCACCAUCUCUUAUGGUCCCUGAAUGUGCUAUCUGUCUGCAAACAUGUGUCCAUCCUGUGAGUCUGCCUUGUAAACAUGUCUUCUGCUAUCUGUGUGUGAAAGGAGCUUCCUGGCUUGGAAAGCGAUGUGCACUCUGUCGGCAGGAGAUCCCAGAGGACUUCCUUGAUAAACCAACCUUACUAUCACCUGAGGAACUCAAAGCAGCCAGUAGAGGCAAUGGGGAAUAUGCUUGGUACUAUGAAGGCAGAAAUGGCUGGUGGCAAUAUGAUGAACGUACCAGUAGGGAGCUGGAAGAUGCUUUUUCUAAAGGUAAAAAGAGCACUGAAAUGUUAAUUGCUGGGUUCUUGUAUGUGGCAGAUCUUGAGAACAUGGUUCAGUAUAGGAGAAAUGAGCAUGGACGUCGCAGGAAAAUAAAACGGGACAUAAUAGAUAUUCCAAAGAAGGGAGUGGCUGGGCUUAGGUUGGACUGUGACUCUAAUGCUAUCAAUCUAGCAAGAGAGAGCUCUGCUGAUGGUGCAGACGGUACACCAGCUCUAGGGGCUGCUGCUGGGCAGCCUCUAGCAACUGUUUCUGUUAGACCCCUACCUUCACUAGAUGGUCAGCUGACAAGUCCUGCAACGCCAUCACCUGAUGCAAGCAUUCUAGAGAACUCUUUUGCCAACUUACAAAUAAAUGGAGACAGUAUGGUUGAAAGGAGCCAUAGGGGAGAGGGAGAGGAAGACCAUGAAUCAUCAUCUUCUGGUAGGGUGCCAGUUCUUGACACCUCCAUUGAGGAAACAGAAUCGGAUGCUAGCAGUGAUAGUGAGGAUGUGUCUGCCCAGCUUCAGCUGCCUGCAUCCUCUGCUCAGCAGAGACAUCUGAAUGCAAAUCAGCCAGCCUUGGAUAGACCAGUGGCAGGGAAUGGGGUGGGAAACACCAGUGUAAGAUCUAGGAGGCCUGACGGACAGUGCACAGUAACUGAAGUUUAAAUCUAGAGCCAUGUUUUGAAAACUCAAGUCUUGUACCUGUAUAUUUUGUCUGUAUUGACAUUGCACUCCAGUCUAGCAGUGUGUUUCAAAGUGUUUGGGGGUGGGUGGAUGGGAAAGAGGAAAAACAAACUUGAGCCUCUAACUUCAAAGGCAAUCGCUUAACAUGUCUUGGCUGGAAGACUUUCUAUGUUUAAAAAUAAAACAAAAAACUGGGGGGGUGUUAAUGGUUUGACAGCUACUUAGCAAUACCCAGUUUUGUUUUUGUAAAUGUCUUUCAUGUUUUAUUUUGUAGUAUAUUUCCCCUCUCUCAGUGAAACCCUGUCCUCUUUUUUGACCAAUGUAUAUCCACUGUAAAACUUGGAGCUGUCAUCAUUCUCUGUUGCAUUAAGUAACUUUACUAUCUGCAUGGAUCGAUGUAUGGGAGGAACAUUAAAACUGGAAAUGGAAAAGAGUUUGGGUAUGAGCAGGAUGCUUAAUUUUAAUGUGAGAAAAUAGGUGUGACUUCUGAACUUCAGAUGUUUUACUAAAACAAAGAGCAAUCAUCUUCCUGAAUGAAAUGUAAAAAUUCUGUUGCAGAGUUUUACUUGUAAACACUUCAUGAUGUCUUCAUUGGCUCUUCUGUCUAGUCCCUGUAGCUUGUUUGAGUCUCUUGAUCUGUCUUGUUUUUGUUACAAAAUUUAUAAUUUAAUAAACUACAUUUUAUCAACAAUCUGAACACUG